AUGGCCAUGGCGGCGACAACAGAUGAACAAAAUGUGGCCUCAUCCAGUCAUGUGGAGAAUAUGGAUCAAAUGAAAAUCGACGCCGAAGAGAACUAUACUGCGGAGCACAGGCAGCAAAUGCAAUUAUUGAAUGCCCGUAUUGUUCGCAAGUGGUCAUGGGUACUCAACUCCUUUUACAUUACAUACACCUGCCUAGAGUGGCUAGUUCUAUGCUGGAAGAUUUUCCCAGCCCACAUCUACGUGACAGUUUUAUGUGUGCUGUGGGGCGUUUGCGCGAUGUGUUCAGGACUUGUCCAUAACAUGGCAGGGUUAGUCGCCUGCCGAGUCGGGCUGGGUAUCCUGGAGGCAGGAUUUGGUGCUGGUGUCCCGUACUACCUGUCGCUAUGCUAUAAGCGUCACGAACUGGGUACACGUGUGUCUAUCCUUCUUGGAUCCAGCCCGAUUGCAAACUGCAUUGCAGGCGCAAUUGCUUAUGGAAUUUCCCAAAUCAACUCCCACAUGGAGCCCUGGAGGUUGAUAUUCUUGAUUGAGGGGUCGCCGUCAGUUGUAAUGGCUCCCUUGGUCUGGUUUCUACUCAUGGAUUCUCCCUCGACGGCAAAGUUCCUCAGCAACGAAGAACGUACGUUCGCAGUAGAACGCAUGGAAACCCGCGACACAACGCGCAAGACCUCACUCUCCAAAGCUCAGCUAUUCGCCGGACUGACAGACUAUAAGAACUACUGCCACGCUUGUCUCCAUUUCUGCUGCAACUAUUCCUUCGCCGGGCUAUCCAACUUCCUUCCGACUAUUGUUCAUGAGAUGGGCUAUGAUUCGGUACAGGCACAAGGCCUUACGGCACCACCUUAUUUCGGGGCGUUUCUAUCCAGCAUACUUGUUGCCUGGCUCUCAGACCGCUACGGCUCGCGCGGCUGGAUGCUGGCCCUAUGUGCCAGUGUUGCGACCGUGGGCUAUGCCCUGUUAGCCACACAGACGGGAACUGCCGUGCGGUACGUAGCCAUCUGGCUGACAAGCUGUGGGAUCUUCCCUGCCUUGGCGAUCAACAUGACCUGGAUGCUUAAUAACAAUGCCGGGGACACGAAGAAGGGAAUUGGGAUGUCAUUGCUGGCUAUUAUCGGGCAAUGUUCUUCAUUCCUCGCCUCCUUUAUGUAUCCCGAUAGCGCUGCACCAUACUUCGUCAAGGGAACGGCUAUUGGCUCUGGCCUCACGGGUAUUAUUGUCCCCGUUGGAUUGGUCCUCCAUUUCUCCUAUGCCGCGGAGAACAGACGUAGAGAUCGGGAGUUCGGGCCUGUGCCACAGGGCGAUGGUCCUAUUGACGUUAGUGCUGUGGGCGAUAAGCAUAACCACUUUCGCCUUUUGACCUGA